CUGCAUCAGGUCUGCCUUUGUCAGGAAUGGUCCGGUCCACGUGUGAUCAAAUAUUCUCGGGACUGACAUGGCCUGGAAGUACUCACGUGACAAGGCGUAUGGAUGCGUUUGGGGUAAAGGGAUAUCGAGGGGCGCUUUAUGAAAGCGUGCUUAUUGCCCUCCUAAGUCUGCUUGCGACCGAGACGUCGUUUCAGCACUUUGGACAGAGACAGCGCUGCAGACAAUCUGUAACGAGAGGACUUACCGAGCUGUUGGGAUGCAAACUUAAAAGUCUUCUGACUGUUUUUCUGUUCUGAGCCAGUUUCAUUUUAAUGCCAAAUGCAACGCUUUGGACUUCAAUUUGAUUAAGAAAUCGUCACCUAGAUAUUGCUUUGUCAUCGCUUUGUUUGAAAAAAAAAACCAAAAAGUUGAAAUAUCAGCACUGCUGUCAAGUGUCAGUUCUCAGCCUGCUUCUCUUGGUCCUCAAUACAGCGACAACUUUGGGAAAUGCAAGUGUGGGUCUGUGAAGUAAAAUCACUAAUUGUGGGGUCUUGCUGCUGAGCACGUUCCACCAGGUGAGAAGAGUGAUGACCAUCUUGUUCAUUACUAUGGUUAUUUCAUACUUUAGUUGCAUGAAAGCUGCUCCCAUGAAAGAUGCCGGCGUCAUCCGAGGUCACGCCGGACCGGGCUACCUUGGAGCACGGACCCAUGGGACUUUGGAGAGCAUGGGUGUACCCCAACGUGGAUUGCCGUCACUAGCGGACACUUUUGAGCAGGUCAUUGAGGAACUGCUUGAUGGGGGAAAUGAGCCUCAGCCUGCCACAAAGGGGGCUGAUCCCAAGGAUGCGGACAUGUACACAUCACGCGUAAUGAUCAGUAGCCAAGUGCCUUUGGAACCCCCUCUGCUCUUUCUCCUGGAGGAGUAUAAAAACUACCUGGACUCGGCAAACAUGUCCAUGAGGGUGCGCCGCCACUCAGACCCGGCCCGCCGAGGCGAGCUCAGCGUAUGUGACAGUAUUAGUGAAUGGGUGACAGCUGUUGACAAAAAGACGGCAGUGGACAUGUCAGGGCAGACGGUAACCGUCCUGGAAAAGGUCCCUGUACCAAACGGCCAAUUGAAGCAAUACUUUUAUGAGACCAAAUGUAACCCAAUGGGCUACACCAAGGAAGGCUGCAGAGGAAUCGACAAGAGGCAUUACAAUUCCCAGUGUCGGACGACCCAGUCAUAUGUACGAGCUCUCACUAUGGAUAGCAAAAAAAAAAUUGGCUGGCGCUUUAUAAGAAUAGACACUUCCUGUGUAUGUACAUUAACCAUUAAGAGAGGGAGAUAGUGAAUUUAACGUUGUAUAGAUUUUAUUGAGAGAAAAAAAGAGAAAUUAUCUAUUUGUAUAUAUACAUAACAGGGUAAAUUAUUCCGUUAAAUGAUAAUUUUAUGGACUGCAUGUAAAGUUUAAAAAAAAAAGAAAAAAAAAAGAAGUUUAUACAGUAAAGUGGUAAUACGGUCUAUUUAUUGAACAUAUCCAUGACCAAGACAAAUAAAAGAAAAAAAAAAAAUAAAGUCAUCUGCGCACAAUUUCAAAUAAUUCUGUAUUACAUUCCUCAAGACAUUGUGGUUUGUUUACGUUGCCAAGAAUCUGAAAAAAUAAUUAAAUAGAAAACACAGAAAGUAAAAUGAAUGAAAAAAUAUUGCAUGCUGCUUCGAUUGUGAAGUGAGAAACUGUCCACUUUGAAAAAGGAAAUCAAUUCUGACCAAAACAUUCCGUUUACAUUUUAGACAGUAAGUGAUCUUUAUUCCUGUUAGUAUUAUACUUGUUUACUGCUUUAAACUUCUACAGAUAGCAUUGGAAUUCAAUUCAAAUGUCAAGGUGCUGUUGUCAAAGCUUUGCUGUUUAUUUUUUUAUUCCCACAAAGUUUAAAAAAUGAGAUAUAAAAGAUUAUUCAUUGACAUAUGUUCUGCAAAAUAUAAUUCAUUUUGUAUGUUGUGACGUUGUUUGCAAUAUUAAAUUAAAAUAUUUGAAGAAAUAAAAAAAAAAAAAGAAAUCCUAUAGGCAACUGAAAACUAAACCAAUGAAAAUAAAGGUUUAACUCUCCCUUUGUGAGUUAUCCAUGGGUA